GAAAAGGUACAAACAGGGACCGGACUUGAAGGAGAUUAAUGCUCUACGUACAUAACUAGGAGUCUAGGAUCGAGGGCAUCGAUCUGCCUUUCGUGUGCUCGACGUCUUCUCCAUCUGAUUCGAUCGGAUGGAGACCAUCACCGAUCGCUCGUCGCAGUCCAGGUCCGCGCCACCCCCUAGUCCGUGGGCCGGUCUCCCGAGGGACCUGCUCGCUGAAAUCUCCACCCACCUGUGCGACGCCGUCGACUUCGUCCGCUUCCACGCCGUCUGCAGACCAUGGCGAGAAGCGGCGCCGCCGUUGCUAUCCCCAGCAUCGGCCUAUCCCAGGCUGCGGCCGUGGCUGCUCACCAUGUGCAACGACCUCUUCUUGCACCUGCCGAUCAAUUACGGAUGCAGCUUGCUGUCGAGGAGCACAUCAAGCUACCGCCAUGGCUAUGACGGUGUUGUCCUGCCAGGCGCAGGCGCGUCAUCUACCGGCAACACUAACUUGGUGGCUAGCGCGGAUGGCACGGCCGCGUGGCUCUUCAGAGCGCAUACCGAACCAACACUGGUCGACCUUCUCACCGGAACCCUCACCCGUUUGCCUAGGCUCCCUACGGACUCUAAGAUGAAUCGGUGGAUGGAGAAGCCGCGUGGCAUCGUCUACGGUAAUGGCACCGUUUUCAUGUACAACAUUGUUUUGGAAAACAUUAGCUUUUUUUAUGAACAUGGCUUUGACUACAAGUCAACUUUCAUUGCGGCCAUCCUGCGAACUGGUGAUGCGGCGUGGAAACUAGUGAAAAAGAGGUUGGAUUGGAAGACAAGCUCCCAUUUGAGUGUUGUGUAUCACGACAGGAAGAUCCUAGCGUGCGAGGGGUCCCGGUUCUGGUUGCUCCUAGAUCUGGACUUGGGAAGCAACGGCGACGUGGGUGAUGGCUGGAUCAAUCGGAGGCCGGAUUGGGACUGGAGAGUAGAGACCAAGUACAAUCAAGAAAAUUAUGUCUUCAUCUCAAAAAAAAAAAAAAAUUAUGUCUUCGAGCUAGACGGAAAGCUUAUGCGGGCGACCGUUCUUGUGGAGAAGAAGUACUGGCGUGGUGGUUGCUCUGGGGACGACCCAACUUGUGCAUUGUCAGUGGUGGUGCAUGCUAUGGAAGGGGUGGAUGGCGACGGCAAGAUGCGCUGGGUUGUGAGGGACGGACAAAGCUUGGUCGACCGUGUCUUGUUCCUUGGGUCACCUGCAAGUUUCGCUGCGGACGCCGCGCAUCUUGGCGUGGACGGCGGGUGUGCCUACUUCGUCUUUAGGAACCGCGUAUUCAAGCACAAUCUCAUCGACGGUGAGUCCCAACUCAUGGAGCGGCUGCGUCCCUGGUGGAGCUGCCACAUGGCGCUUUGGCUCCAGCCCCGUCCUGCCAUUGCUCCAGUCCAUAAAGUUCUGCUCGAGGCUACAAUAGAGACGUCGGAAGAAUUACCAACUUAG